CGCCGCCAGAAACUGUGAAUUGAAGUGUGGAUCUGAUGGGAAAUAAGCUGAUAUUGUCAUAAGAGAGCAAAAGUUUUAACCUGACCCUCACAAGGUAUGUUAACUUCAUUAAACAGCAACAAGAAACUGAAUGUUUAGAGUUUCUUUCGGGUUUCUCUCAGUGGAGCGCAGCCAUUCACCCAUGCUAGGUUAAUCGACCAGCUAGCUAUUGGCUAGCAUUAGCUGUGUUUGUUGCACUGUUGGUAAACAUUAAUAAACAGUUAGGGUACAUGCCAUUACACUGAAUAUGAAACAUGGUUUAAUAUGAAACUUGUUCAAUUAAUUGCUUAUGGUAUGCUCCAAACCUACUUAAUAAAAGCUGAGCUGGAACCGUUUUCCAUUUCAUUAGUUAUUGUGUUCGCUGUGUCUUUGGGGGGAAGAAAGCAGCUUCAUCCCUUUGUUGUCAAGGAAACUACUCAUUAUAGAGUUUCAUCAGUCAAAAAACCGGUUGACUGUACUGUAAUGGUCCAUCGCCAUAGUUUGUUUGAUGUUAAUGUUUGUCUUUAAUUUUCCUUGUUGGAUGAUAUAAAUGCUAGCACAUGCAUUCACUUUCAUACCCUGUCCUAACAUUUGUGUGCUAAGCAACUUGUUAAGCCAGCGGCUAUGUUUCCUCAAUAUGCAUGUUGAUUUAUUUGAUAAAGUCCAAAGACCCUAAAGAUGGAGGAAAAGCUGAAUGGAUCACUGCCUGUUGUCUCCCCGGAGUAUCUUCAUCAGUGGGUUCGGUCCGCCCAGCAGUUCCAAGCUCUCCAGGCUCAGUACGCCAACUUCAACCCUCAGCACCAGUUUCACUACCCAGAGAAUCCGACUGCAGAGGCGGCCAGGGCCCACAUGGCCAACCCAGAGCCCACCAUGGAGCAGACGGAACCUGCUGACCUGACUAAACCUCCAACUAAAAAGAGAGGUAGACCAACUCAACCCAAGGAGCCAGGAGCGCCAAAGCCCCCCAAAAUCCCCAAAGCCCCCAAAGCACCGAAACCCCCAAAGGUCCCCAAAGCACCGAAACCACCGAAGGACCCAAAUGCACCAAAAGCUAAACCAGGUCCGAAACCCAAGAAGGCAGCUAAGGCUCAGGGUGAGGGCAAGCAGGAGAAGAUUGAUGAGAGCUUCAAGAAGGUGAAGAGGAAAGUGGACCGCUUCAAAGGGAUGACGGAGGAGGAAGUCAUGAAGAAGACAUUGCCCGACCUGCUGGAUUACAACCUGGACUAUGUCAUUAUUGGUAUAAACCCAGGACUGAUGGCAGCUUUUAUUGGCCGGUGGUUUCCAGGACCUGGAAAUCAUUUUUGGAAAUGCCUGUUUCUGUCUGGAUUUACCGAGGAGCAACUCAACCACAUGCAUGACACAACGCUGCCGGUCAAAUACAAAAUGGGCUUCACCAAUAUGGUUUCCAGGGCAACCCCAGGGAGCAAAGACCUCUCAAGUCUCUUUUUGCGAGAAGGAGGUAAAAUUCUCGUGGAGAAGUUGAAGAAGUACAAACCUCUCAUUGCUGUGUUCAAUGGAAAAUGUAUCUAUGAAAUGUUCUGCAGGGAACUGUUUGGCAAGAAACCACAAAAGCUGGAAUUUGGUUUGCAGCCACACAAGAUCCCAGAAUGUGAUGUGGCCUUGUUCCUGAUGCCUUCCUCCAGCGCCCGCUGUGCCCAGUUUCCUCGUGCUCAGGACAAGGUUCACUUCUACAUCAAGCUGCGGGAGCUCCGGGAUCAGCUGAAGGGCAUCCGGAAAGCUACCGAGAUCGAGGAAGUCAACUACACAUUCGACCUUCAGUUAGCUAAGGAGGAUGCCAAGAGGUUAGCAAUAAAGGAGGAGCAGUACGACCCGGGAUAUGAGGACGCCUACGGCGGCGCGUAUGUGGAGAGAGGAGCUGAAGAAGGCCAGGCCAACAGCCAGACCAACGGUCACUGUACGCUCACGUCUACCGCGAACUCAGAAGGAGCACAGGAGGCGACCACAUCCCAAUCAGAGGGUCAGCUGCCAGACGGACAGUGGAUGACCCAGUCGUUUGCCGAUGAGAUUCCCAACAUCGGCAGCGGACCAAACGCCAGCAGUGCGUGAGGAAGACGAGAAAAGUCUUCGUUACCUUCCAGAGACAUUAGCUAACUCAGUCUCCAAACCGCAGUUGGUUAUUUUUUAGAUGUUACCCGUUUUUUUGUUUGUUUGUUUUUUAGCAAAGUUGAGAAUUAACACUUUUAGGAUUUAACUGAAACAGCAGAAUGUUUUUUUUUCUGCACAUUUUAUUUUGUUGUUUUUUAUAUUCAUGAGCCAUUUUACAUGUGUAAAUCAGGGACAUAACUGGCUGACUUUGUGUAUUUAAGCAUUUGUUUUUAAUCGCUGUACUGUUGAGGACUGCAUUCUGCUGCAGGUGGAGUCAACAUUUUAAUCUACUGUUUCCAGUAGACAGACUGUUUCCAGGUUCUCUUUAAGCUCGACUUCUCUGGAGGGAAGGAUCGAAUCAGGAUUACUGCUACACUCAAGGUGCUAUGAACUGAUACGAUGCACAAUACCGACUCGUUGAGACCACACAUUAACGUCAUCAGUCCUACAGCCGGACUGGCCUUUCAAAGUUACACAACCUAUAAUGGUUUUCAUUAAUCUUUUUUUUUUUUUUUUUACUUUAGAUGCUUUGGAUUAUGGUAUGUCUAUUAAAUGUCACUGUCAUUGGAUUUUAUGAAACAUUUCUUGAUUAAAAUGUUAUUCUACUGAU